CCAAACCAAACGGCCUAGGAAACGCUAGAGUCGUUUAAACGAUCCAAAAAGUCGCUCAAAUUUAGCAAAUUUCCGCAGUAUUCCCUAGUUUCAGACGCCUUCUUCUUUUCCUCACCUCCAAAAACCCUAAACCCUGAAACGCAACAAUGGCGGAUGUAGUACAAGAGAGAUUGGAGCGCAUGGUUCCAGAGCUCGACGAUUUGGAGAAAAGGGGGUUAUUCAGUCGCCAAGAAAUGGCCGAAAUCGUGAAAAAGCGCCGACAAUUUGAGUACAGACUCCAAAGGCCAAGCCCUUUAAAGCAAGAUUUUGUCGACUAUAUUGAUUACGAAAAGCAUCUUGAUAGGCUUCGUAUUCUCAGGAAGAAAUCCGUUUCUCGUGACUUGAAGGCUAAAGGUAACAAAAAACUGAAGAAAUCUCUGUCCGAUUACGCUGGGGUUCGACGAAUUCUUGAGAUUUAUCGUAUUGCUACUAGCAGAUUUAAGGGAGACCUUGAGCUAUGGUUUCAGUAUUUGGAGUUUUGUAAGGAGAGGAGCAGUGGCAGGAUGAACAAGGUUUUGGCCCAGGUUAUGAGAUUCCAUCCUAAAGUUCCGGCUGUUUGGAUCUAUUCUGCUGCCUGGGAGUUUGACCAUAACUUGAAUGCAAGGGCUGCACAUGUAAUCAUGCAAACAGGUUUGAGAUCUUGCAAAACUUCCGAAGAUCUCUGGGUUGAAUUUCUGCGAAUGGAGCUUACAUACCUGAACAAGUUAAAAACACGUAAAGUUAUUUUAGGGGAAGUUGAUGGAACACUGAUUCGUAAGGAUGAAGAUGCUAAGGAGAAUCAGUGGCAAGAGGAAAACAAAGAUCUGUUCAUGUCCCUUGAAGAGAAAAAGGGUGGUGAUGAUAAUUUUGAUGUUCAAAAGGAAGAUUCUUGUAAGAAACUGGAUGUCUUUCGUGAACAAGGAUUUAAACUUUUUGAGAAAAUAUAUGAAGCUGCUAUUGAUGCUAUUCCAUCUAGUUUCAGUCUGAGGAAGAGGUUCCUAGAGAUAGUGGAAGCUACAGAAUUGGCACAUUCAGAAGAAAUGCGAGCUGAGAUACUGGCUCACAUGAAGAGAGAUUUUUCGGAAGAUUUUGAAUAUUGGAAUUGGCUUGCCCAAAAUAAAUUAAAAGACCCACAAAGCAUUCCAGAUAUAAGUUCAGAAAGUGGGCGUUCCCAGGUGGAUGAAAUCAUAAAGGUAUAUGAAGAAGCUAUACAAUUUAUGCCAUCAGCUGGGAUGUUCAACAUGUACAUCAAAUUUUUAACAAAUGUCAUCAAUGCAAAUGGAGAAAUUAGAAAUUCGGGAGAUUAUAGUGCUUCAAAGCAUGCAGGAGACUAUGUAUCACACCUGAUGAGGGUGUUUGGAAAAGCUGAUGUCAUGGGCUGUCUUGAUGAAGAACUUGCCUCUCAGUACGUAAUGUUGUACAAGAACAUGGGUAAUAUCGAUGAAGCAAUGAAGUUAGCGGAGACUUUCUGCGAGGGGAGAUAUUCAGAUUCAAGACAAGUAUGGGUUCUGAGGGUUACUGAACAGAUGAAGCACACUGCAGAAGCUGGAAAUUCUAAUAAAGCUCAUCUGUCCUCUAUCUUUGACCUAUUGAAAAGGAUGGUGAAAAAGGUAGAUGUAUCAGAUGUCGAGGGCGUGUGGAUAAUGGCUCUUGAGUUGUUUGCAAAUGAAAAGAAAUACUUUGCCAAGUUGUUGGACCUUGCCCUUUUUUCAUUGGCUAAAGAUGGUGGCCAAGAUGAUGGAUUCUCUCUAUCUGCUGCUAUUGUUAACUUUAUUUGGCUGCACAAUGGAAUUCAACAAGCAAGGGACUUUUAUAAGCGUCUUGUAACUUUACCUCGGCCAGGAUUAGGCAUGUACAAGCGCUGUAUUGAGCUGGAGAUUUCUUCCAGUGACAAAGCUAGUCUUGCACAUGCUCGUAAGUUAUUUGAAUCUGCACUUGCAACCUAUAGUGAGGACAUCAGCCUGUGGCAAGACUAUUAUUCCAUUGAAAUAAAGAUGGGAACAUCAGAAACAGCCGCUGCUGUAUAUUGGCGUGCAAAGAAGACACUAGGGGAUGCCUCAGUGCUUUCUGAUCCUUUACCGCAGUAACGUGUAACGUGCAAGUACAAUACAAUUAGGAAGCUACAAUUCCUUUGUGUGGAUUUCGACAACGCAAGUGUAGCCGAAAUGUGGUCACGUCAGAAACUCACGGUGAACGCCGCACAAAAAGAUAAGAGAAGACCCCUUCUGAAAGUUUUCUAAUUGCAACAGGAAUGGUAAUUUAAAUUUAUAAUUUCAUUUGUAGAAGAGUAACUAAGCUGAUUAUAGAAAAUAGGGCUAAAUCAUUAUUGUGGGUUUUGUGAACACCACCUGAUACAACGCUUUGUUAAAUCAUAACCUUGUACUUGUAGCUUAGCUGGAAAUGUUACUCAGCAAUGUAAGAUACAACCGUUUUAUAGUUAUCCGAUCUUAAUUCUUAUUUACAA